AGUAAAYCAGUCCGUGUCAACUUAAUGAAAAGAAAUGUAAACAUUUUGCGGAGUUCUUUACACACUUUAAAUUAUUCACUAGCUUAACCUUAGGAGUUCACAGACAUCAAAAGCUAAAUGGCAAACUCUGCUAACUUCUGCUUUCAUGGGUAGUGAGACUCCGCUAGUCCUUGGCUUCUGAAACGCGUUGUGCUUAAUAUUUUGCGUCUGAUCUUGACACUGUGCCGGUAGUUUCUAUAAGUCAUAGUUUGCAAAACUCUUUGAAAAUAAUGGCCAACACUAACAGUAAUCAAGGAAAAGCAAUCUGUCUUCUCAUAUUUGUUGUCGCUGUUUUACUAAGUGAUAGCUCAGCCAAGACAGUUGCAAGUACCAAGAAACCUUGCACCAAGAAGCAAAAUGGACAGAAAAAUCUGGAAAAUCACAUGGCAUCUACUAUGAAGCCAAUAGUUGACAUAACUACUAGCUUACCAACAACAUUGCCACCUAAAACGAAGAAGCCGUGUACGAAAAAGCACAUCCAUGGCGGCGAGAAUAMRACUACUCCAUYRAGUACAAGAGMAACCUUGCCUACAAAAARYAGGCAAACCUAUACCGAACCAAAGUCAACAACUCACGCCCCAACAACAGCCUGUCGGCCAUUGAAUUGCGUGGUUAGUGAGUGGAGUGAGUGGCAGCCUUGCUCAGCAAGUUGUGGAAUCGCAGGCAGAAAGCACAGAUAUAGAAAGAUUAAUGCUGUCCAAUCGUGCGGAGGAGUUUGUCCAUAUAACAUGAACGAAGCCUCCCCUUGUAAUAAUGUUUGUUUGAACGGUGGCACAGUUUUCGAGAAAGGCUGCAAAUGUAAAGCUGGCUACGAUGGUGUUUGCUGUGAAAAAGUAAAUGGCAUUUGGUCAUCUUGGGGAAGCUGGAGCCUGUGCUCUAAGUCAUGUGACACAGGGAUACAAAGAAGAGCACGUACGUGUGAUCAUCCAGCUCCAUCCAAUGGUGGUCUUGACUGCGCAGGUCCAAGCACUGAGACAGUUGACUGUAACAUACAAGAAUGUCCAGUUAAUGGAGGAUGGAGUGCAUGGGGGGACUGGUCCUCUUGCAGUUCCUCCUGUGGAGAAGGAAGAAAGUUCCGUCAACGGCAGUGCACCAAUCCGUUUCCUAGCAAAGGUGGACUGCCUUGCAUUGGCCUCAUGCUGUUGACUGCAAAAUGCCAGCUUGAAGAAUGCAAAAUGCCAGUUGAUGGUGGCUGGUCAGCGUGGCUCGAGUGGAAUCCGUGUUCUAAAACAUGCGGACUUGGUUCACGCCUGCGCACUCGAGUAUGCAACAAUCCUCUUCCUACUGAUGGUGGCAAAUCGUGCCCAGGGUCAAAUCACGAAGAGGAAAAGUGUUUUAAAGUCAAAUGUAAAAUUCCAGGGAAUGGCGGAGGCGGUGGUGAAGGAGGAUUUGGGAAACGUCACGCCAAACAUCACGCAGCAACCAGACAUCGUGACAAUCGUUUGUCAUCAAAACGUCACUCCCUUCAUAGUUCAAGCAGACGUCUCCUUAGUUACGAAAAUAAUGACAUCAUUCCAGAUUUUGAUGUGUAUGUACUGAAACAUAACGAAGAAUCAAUAAGACGAGACGAUAAAACGACUAUCACUGGUCCUUGGACAAGCUGGAGUACCUGCAGUACUACUUGUGGUCCUGGACAGCGGUUUCGUACUCGAGCUUGUAGCGAGCUAGCCAAUCCAUGCAUUGGAGUUCCAAUGGAUGUAGGAUCAUGUAAUAUGGGAAAAUGUAACACAUAAAUAUCUACUGUAUAUAAUACAA